AUGGCUAGAUUCACAUCUGACACCUUCAAGUUGCAUCGUGCGACUACCGUCACCAAUAUCAAAUCAUGCAUUCCUAUUGUGCUUGACUACGAAGGAAGCCAAUACAAUAACUGGGCUACCCUCUUCAAGCUCCAUUGUCGUGCAAACUUGGUCAUUGACCACAUCCUACCUCCUGCCUCCCCCACCGUGCCACCACCGGCAACUGCAGCUGAAAAACAUGUUGCUAAGGCCCUAUGGGAACGGCUAGAUGACAUUGUUCGGCAAUGGAUAUAUGGUACGAUAUCGAAUGAUCUUCUCAACACGAUCAUUCAUCAAGAGGACACUGCAGCCGAAGCUUGGGACCGUCUUGUUCAUCUCUUUCAGGACAACAAAUCAGCUAGGGCUCUUGCUCUUGAUGCAAAAUUCACCAACACAAAAUUGGUGGAUUUUUCGAAUGUGAAAGCAUACUGCACCAGGCUGAAAGUUCUUGCAGACAAUCUCGCCAACGGCGGUCAAAAAGUUUUCCGACGAACGACUUGUGCUUCGUCUUCUGCGAGGGUUGUCGGAGGAAUAUAA